GGCACAUGAACCGUUUACCCUCCGGCUUCAAGCCCAAGUUCUUAAAGAUGAGCUACUGCCACCCCAUGGAGCUUCGCCUCGAUUAUUACCCUGCCAAGCGCAAACCUGCAAAGGUCAAGGAGAAUGGAGCAUCUGUAUCCCUUUUAUGCCGGAAGACAUCACCCAAUCGAUCGAGAGACGAGUUCGGGCCCAGGAGUCAACCCGAGAGCAGCCCGGCGGACGGGACACGUCCCACACCGAGGGACCCAGGGUGGUCUAACGGCCCCACCGAGGCACCACGACAACCGACCACCCGGAGGAGGCCGCAGGGACCCAAUGCCACUCCACCCAGCCAACCACCACCCCCACAGCCGCCCCACGCGCCCCGCCACCCCCUCCUCUACCCCCAAGGGUCAUCACGUGUCCUAAAAAUCUAUUUGGUGGUCAAUUCCAUGUUGUUCCCAUGUGCUAAAAUAAAGGGGUAAAUUGUUAAUUUCGAAAUCUGGAUUGUGCCAGAUUGGGGAGAGCAUACUGGGAGCUAAUUGAGAUCCUCUAGCUCCUAAACUUUUCCACCAAGCCGUUAAGGUGGAUGCAAUUAUGGAGUUCUUGAAGCAUUUAUGGCGUUAAAGACUAGUGGAAAUAAAUGGAAGUUUGAUGUUGUUGCAGUCUAUCUGUUCCAAUUCUAGCCAAGAACGAUGCUCCUCAUUAUGGCGCAUCAUCCAUUUGAUGAGGUAUUGUCAGCUAAAUACUGUAAUAGUGUUCAGAGUUGGGAGCAUUUACUGUAAUUUCUCGUGUAUAAUGCGCAUUUCCACCCCAUAAUUGUCCAAAGUCAAUAGUGCGCAUUAUACAUGGAUAUAGGGGGAAAUUGGAAAAAAAACUUUCACAUUUUAUAAAUGUAUGCUGCCAUCUAGUGUUUAUGAAAAAGAAGAAGAAUAGAAGAAGAAGUGCUGGUGAGCUGUACACUUUAAUUCCAAAAUGCCACCGUCACCUCGUGGUUAUAAAAAAAAGUGUAGCCUACACUUUCAUUCCAAUA